UUUAUUUUUUGUGACCAUCACGCGGCCGUGUGUUCUGUGUUUGUGUUUUAGUGUUUCGUGAAAAGGUAGUUUUACUGCGUUACAUACACAUGUGUGGCACAAUGAAAUUUGUUUGAAUCUAUUGCGUUCCGCAGUACGCCUGUCCGUCCAUAACGCCCUUCAGUGGUCAGCUUGUGUCCUGUUUGUGAGUGUUGUGAAAAGUGUUUUAAGUGAUAAAUUGUGAAACGCCUAUCAGCUGAAUGUUUCAUUCUGAUUUGUGACGACUUUAGGAAAAGAAAAAAGCGGAUUACUUGGAAGUUGCAAACGAUUGUUUUACCCUGUAGUCCCUCGUCACGACCCACAGUCAACGUCAGCGUCGUGUCUUUGAAAGGCAAAAAGUCAUCUUUGCGAGGGUUGUGUGAGUACGCCAAGCGCAAAAAGCCACGAAAGCUUGAAGCUCCACACGAUCAUCCAGACAACGGUGGACCGGAUCGUUGCGCUGCUAGCUGCUGAACCCUAGAAAGCCCACCUUUGAGGAAUUCCUGCUCACCGUGCGAUCGUCGCCGUCUCACCUGCACCACCGCCUGCCGCAGAUCGUUCCCAGCCCGCCGUGCCCACGAAGGAAUUUCUUCGGCACUUUACACAAGCCUCGCCACACUAACACACCGGCACACACUGUUCAAGAUUUACCCUCCGGGAUGAUGGCUCCAUCUCCUUCGAAAAGUUCCAAAACACAACAUCCUUCGUUUCUCAUUACGACGGAUUCGGUAGACUCGAGUCCAGUACCAUCAAGCCCACCUAGUACAGAUGCACCAAAAUCGCAAUGUUCCUCGUUAUCAGAUGGCGAAUCGUUCGAAUGUUACGGCGACAAUGAUAUCUCUAUUUCCGAAGCCGGUGGUGUAGACCUGGAAUUAGCGCCACAUUUGAAUUCAACCACAAUUGGUGAAAGCAAUGGCAGCAACGCAAGCAAUCCCAACAACAACACCGGCGGAAUCACACGACAUUCAUGGAGUCGCACUAGUUUACGUGGUGCUCCGAAAAGUCAUAAUGAAAAUUUACCGAACAGACGCUGGGGAUCAAUGAGGCACAGUUCCGGCAAACGACAGCUAGGAUCCAAUGCCUUAGCAAAUCAUCUUUACAGAUCGUCGAGCUUCAACUCGUCGGGCAGAAGUUCUAACUGUGAUACAGCCGAAGACAUGUACAGUGAUGUAAGUACGGAGGAUGUGCUAGACAUAAAUCACAGGCUCGAGAUCCUACAGCGUCAAGUCACCAAUCUGGAGAAUACCCAGAGCAAUGUCGACGAUCGAACGAGUAGAACCAAAACGGAAUAUGCCGUUCUUCAGGCGCGCUAUCACAUGCUGGAGGAACAGCUAAGAGAGACUGAACUGCGCGCGGAAGAACGGCUGGCCGAGGAGCAGAAGCGCCAUCGGGAGCUAUUGGCUCGCGUCGAGCGGGAAGCGAAGCUACAGAAUGAGAACUGCCAGAUCCGGAUACGAACGAUGGAGGGGGAGGUUACCGGUCUGCGCGAGGAGAUCCAAAGGUUGCGCCUGCAGAGCGACAAGCAGGCGGCCGAUCUGCACGCUACCGAGGAGAAGCUCGAGAAGGUUCGCGACGCCCUGAUGACCUCCCAGCACGAUCUGGCCGACGCGAAAGCUGAGGAAAAGAAACACCGGGCAGAAAAGCUGGCCGCGGAAGAGCUGAUGGUGGAGCUUGGCAAAGAGUGUGAACGGCUACGCUCGGAACGGGGGCCAGCCUUGCCCACGACCUCACCGGAGUCACUGCGGCUCGAGGAGCUGCACCAGGAGAUGGACGAGCUGCGCCAAAAGAAUAAAAGUCUGGAGGAAGCGAACGAAGAGCUGCAGGCCAUGAUGCUGACCCGCAGCAUAGAGGAAGGGCGCAAUCUAGUGAACGGCACGUCUAACAGUUUGGCCCAGGAGCUGGAAGCCAUGAGCCAGAAUCAGGAUACCGUUGAUUCGACCACUUUAGCGUCAUUAACACAGCUCCAGGUAGCGUUCCAGGAGAAGGAAGAUGAAAACCGACGCCUGAAGCACUAUAUCGACACAAUGCUGCUGAAUGUGGUGGAAAACUAUCCGCAGCUGCUGGAGGUUAAGGCUGCCUGAAACGGAUCGUCGAUGAACGAAGUAGAUGCCUCUGCUAUUGAAUGUGCGUAAAUCGUAGAUUUUGCUGAUCAGUUUCGAAAGCAUGCGAUUGUGAUCGGGAGCCAGAGAAAAGGGAAAAAGAGAUGGCGUUCCAAUCGGUUGCGGAAAGAAUCAAAACUAGGUAGCAUGAUGAGAGUGUUUGUAGCUAGAAUUUAGAUAGUGUUAAGAUAACAUACAGAUGAAGAGAAAUGAAGCAAUAUAUAUAUACUUAUUUUUACUUAUAACCUAGUUUAAGAUGAUAAACACAAACGAAUUCAAGGCUUACCUUGCAAACUGCAGAAGAAGUAAGCGGAGGAUUUAGUACCGGCUUGCGAAAGAAACACGCAAGGAGAGAUUCCGCGCUUAUUUCUCACAAGAAACAUAAACUAUUUGCUGCGAGCGUAUUAUGUUUGAUACGGACACUUAUACAGGCAAUUGCAUUCUCCAUUUCAGCCGCACUAGGAUGCAUUCCUCCUACUCUAACACAAAACCCCAAUGGCAUUCUACAUAGAAACACUUAUGAACUUCAUUAUGCGCCUUCCUUUCCAAUAUGUUCAGAUGUAAAAACUGCGCCUAUUGGAUUCGUGAUAAACUUGAGCAGAAGCCUUCAGUUGUAUAUUUGUUCACAGCUUUUUUUAACUGAAUGUUGUAAACUGUAAAACACUGAGUGCGGAAGUUAGUUAUAAGUAAACAAAAUGGAAGGUAUCGUUUGUAAGCUUGAGCAGCAAAUAUUGUUGUCUGCUUGUCGUCCAGUAGAAUUGUAAAAGAAAGAGAAACUCUGUCUCCGGCUCUAACCUCCUUUGAACCGGUCCUUUUUACACCUUUUGACACCACUUUUUUUUGACUAACUUAUUUGAUUGGACAGAGAAGAGCAUGGAAAAAACAGAAAUUUUGUGUGAAGAGCGUAGUUCGGAAUUUUCGCGACGAAUUUAUGUCAUAUGCAAGGUUAAUGGGUUUCGAUAAAACUGUUUUCAGUUGCCGAAUCAUCAAUAAAGCAACGAUUUAAACAGAUUCCCCGCAGUUUUUGAAGUGUUGAUGGUUCGUUUAGGAUGUUCUAUUUACAAACGUAAUUUAAGACGAUGUUUCUUGGAAGAAUAUUGUAAGAGGAUUGUAGGAAAACAUUGAACCAUUUAUACUGUGUAAAAAAAACAAAACUAUCCUGUUUCCUUACUAACUUAGCAACACGAGCUGGAGGGGCGGAAUAUCAUACAUCGGAAUAAUAUAACCAAACACUCAGCAGCAGGAGUUGGUGAGCCAACCAGUUUACGCAAUGAAAUAGAAUAACGGAGCUAGCAAGUUAUCAAUUAAACGAAGGCGGCAAAACAGGAGCUGUGAAGUUAGUUGGUGGUUUUCCACACGGAUACAUACACACAACAGUUGUUAGAUGUUAGGGAAUUAAUUGAACAUGAAAAAAGAACACACCUUUUUAAAACAGCGUGGAUGCCAAAAUAGCGUUCUUACUAAACAAAACCCAACUGUAUUACUACUUAGAAGCUGGAAUAAAAAU